AUGGGCCCGCAAUGGUGUCAUCUUCAAGGACGGCAGCUCCGCCAGAGGCUUCACCUAGUGAGUGUGGUGGCAGGUUGGUUCAAGAGAUUCGGAAGGAAGCCGCCACAAUGCGUGGGACGCUUGGUUUGGGAAUAUAUUGGUGGCGAUUGCAUCGGAGACCUGCUGUUGAACGUGCAUCGCGAGUCACAAAGGUUGCUUGAGCAGCGGGUGCUGGAACUGCACAAGUUUCGGAUGACCGCGCUGUGCUUUCAGAGGUUUGCACAUCAGCCUUUUAGCAUAGUUGAACGCACCAGGCAGCAGUUCCGUGGCCUGAGCAUUGUCACUGAGCCUCCUGACAUUCUUCCUGGUGGUCACGAGAAUAACCCAUGGUGGCCCAACGCUUCUUUGUACUUGAAAGGGCCACGUGAAGCCUUCGUUCGGGCUGCUGCCAGGCAGCUAUUCACUCUCCGAGAUGCGGAGCUUUCUAUGCAGUUACAGACUUAUCGUGGGCGAAGAGCUACCCUUGAGUCGAUUGGUUAUACGAAGAAGGUGGUAGCCGCCCACGUGCUGGAUGAUCUACAGCCUGAGCUUUCGACACUGCGAAUGGUGUAUACGAUUGGUUGGCUUGAGGGCAUCUGGUGGGAGACGGUGCACUUUCGCAAUGCAGAUGCCUUGCCGACCUCCGAGGUCAUCCUGAUUGCUAAGCCUGACUGCUGGGCUGUGGCUGGAAAGCCUGAUGCUGUUCCGAUAGUUGCCAGGCAGUGGGCUCGCAUCAUCGACUUGCAACCGUCUCGUGAAGGGGGCAUGAUCGAAUAUUUUGAUUAG